UUCACCAUCCUCGAGAUUCAUCAGAUUUCUCUUUAAAACGCUGAGAGAUCAACGAGACAUAAAGUCUCCUCGACCGGACGAUGAGAUAAAUACGAGAAAAUAGAUCUCACCUGUUUCCAUAACGAUCAUCUGCUGUUGUGUGACGUCAGGGAUAAUGAUGUCUGAUUCAGAGGAGAUGUCUGAGUUCGCGAGUAUCGUGGAGCGCAUUGAGAGAGGCGAGGUGCCCAUGAAGAGCAUUGAGCGAGAGCUGAUCUGUCCCAUCUGUAAAGAGCUUUUCACUCAUCCGCUCAUCUUGCCCUGUCAACACAGCGUCUGUCACAAAUGCGUCAAAGAUCUUCUCAUGCCCAACCACGAUGACUCAUUCAGCACAGACGCCGGGUCAGAGGGCUCCAACUCGGGCAGCCCUCGAUCCAGAGUCCCGUCUCCAAGUAUGGAGAAACUGGACAGACUGGUGCGCUCAGGAUCCAUCUCUUCUCCCGGAUGGCGGCGUUCCUCCGUUACGCCUCGAGUCACCACCUUCCCCUGUCCCGGGUGCAAGCAUGACAUCGAUCUCGGGGAGCGAGGGAUCAGCAUGCUCUUCCGUAACUUCACGCUGGAGAGCAUCGUAGAACGCUACCGUCAGGCGGCCCGCGCGGCCGUGGCCAUCAUGUGUAACGUGUGUAAACCUCCCGUUCAAGAAGCCACCAAGAGCUGCAUGGACUGCAAGGCCAGCUACUGCAACGAAUGCUUCAAGAUGCAUCACCCGUGGGGAACGCCCAAAGCCCAGCACGAGUAUGUGGGACCCACCACCAACUUCAGACCCAAGGUGUUGAUGUGUCCCGAACACGAGAUGGAGAAGGUUAACAUGUACUGUGAGGUGUGUCGACGGCCCGUGUGUCAUCUUUGUAAACUUGGCGGGUCUCACGCCAAUCACAAAGUCACGUCCAUGAGCAGCGCCUACAAGAUCCUGAAGGAAAAGCUGUCCAAGAGCAUCCAUUACUUAAUCAGCAAAGAAGAGCAAGUGAGGGUUCAGAUUUCCGAGCUGGAGGUGUUGAUUCAUCAGACGGAGGAGAACGGGCAGGUCGCCGAGAGAAACGCCAAGGAAUGUUUCGAGCGACUCUUCGAGACCCUUCAGGAGAGGAAAAGCGAGAUGCUGCGGUCCAUUGAGCAGUCGAGGAAUCUGCGUGUGGAUCGUCUGCGUGCUCAGGUGGACGAGUAUCAGGGAAUGUUGGAGAACAGCGGUUUAGUGGGAUACGCACAAGAGGUGCUGAAGGAGACCGAUCAGUCCUGUUUCGUUCAGACGGCUAAACAGCUUCACAUCAGGAUUCAGAAAGCCACGGAGUCACUCAAGACCUUCCAGCCGGCAUCUAACACCACGUUUGAUGAGUUUGUGUUGGACACGUCGAAGGAGGAAAUCUUACUGAAGGAGCUCAGCUUUGGUGGUGUCCCCGACCCUCCUGUGAUCGAUCUGUCCCGCUCUCGCGCUUACAAUGAAGGUCUGAUCCACUGGCGGCCAUCUGAGGACGCACUGCCAUCGGACCAGUAUGUCAUAGAGUUCAGAAGGUUGAGCGGUGAUGACGGAGAGCCGGUGGUCUGGAGGGCGUCUGAGCGAGUGUAUGGCAGCAGUACAGUAGUGUCCGAUCUGGAGUUUUGCUGCCGUUACGCCUUUAGAGUGAAGUGUUGUCGUAACGAUGUGUUCAGUCCCUGUGGUCCCGAGGUGAUCUUCUACACGCCCCCAGCGCCAGUGUUCAGCUUCUUGUUCAGUGAGAAAUGUGGCUUCAACGUGGAGCGACUGCAGCUGAGCAAACGCAGAGAAUCAGUCGAGAGCGCUGCAGGAAUGACUUUUCUUCUGGCAGCUGAGCGCGUGCAAACAGGAAGUUACAUCAGCCUCGAUUACAUCAUCGGAGAUACAGGCAUUUCACAGGGACGUCAUUACUGGGCUUUCAGUGUGGAUCCCAGUUCCUACAUGGUGAAAGUGGGAGUGGCGUCUGACUCCAAACUAACAGAGUGGUUUCAUAACCCCCGAGAAACCAGCAGCCCCAGGUACGAUCACGACAGCGGCCAUGACAGCGGAAGCGAGGACACCUGCUUUGAGACAUCCCAACCCUUCAUGCUGCUCACCGUGGGCAUGGGCCGACUUUUCAUUCCUAAAGCCCCCAUCACCGCCGCCUCAGGGGACCACGGCCACCGCGUCCUCCCCAUGCCGCUGAGAAUUGGAGUUUGUCUGGAUUACGAUGCCGGACGUGUCUUUUUCUACGACGCUGCCACCAUGCGCUGUCUGUUUGAGAGACAGGUGGACUGUUCUGGUACCAUGUACCCUGCGUUCGGCCUCUUGGGAGGCGGGGCGGUACACCUGGAGGAGUUCAUCACUGCAAAGCGGCUGUUUUACAUGUGAGAGUCUGUUUUAUUAGUGUGUGACUUAAUUUAUUUUUUCUGUUACAUUCUCCCAAAAUAACAAGCAAUCAUCAUGCGCUCCGUGAAUCUGGUUUACGAGCCGAUUCUAAUCUCGAGUCCCACGUGCCUUUAACAACAUUGACCGCGUUUCCACACAGAAUGUCAGGUGUUACAAACACUCGCACGCAAUGCAGGGGCACUUUAACACAUGGUCACAUAACGCAGCGCCUCACACACACGCGCACUUUCUGAAUAAUGUACACGUGUACUGUUUUACUGUUAGUCGUAUUUUAAAAGUGGUCUUAAAACAAAACGAGUGAUUAUGAUUUGUACACUGCACGACAACUCUCAUCUGAACUUGACAUGAGUUGUGCACAGUUUCAUAUUACGUUUUUAUUAUUAUAGUAGCACCUGCAACACUAUGAAAUAUUUCACGAGAACUUUAAAGGAUUGUGUUUGUAUUCUAGAUUCAAAAUAAUUUGCUGAAUUGAAACACUUGUAAAAGUGAAAUGUAGCCUCCGAAUGACAUGGGUGCUGCUCGGAAUAACCAAAAUAUGAUUCAAAUAAGGCAAAAUAAUAUGCAUCUACACAAAUAUUUAUAUGCACUACCUUUGCCACGGCAAAUAACUAAUAUGGCCUUACUGAAUAAUAUGCUUCAUUAACUAGAUUUAUGAGCUGCAAAGGGAAUUUCUUCAAUGGCAGGCGUUCGGCCUGUUGCUUUUACACUACCUCUUUGAUUAUUUUGCAUUCUUUUUCUGCACUAGUCUUUAAGGUUUCAAUUGUGUCAUCUCUUUUGAUAUGGUAUCAUAGAUAAUGGUGCGAUGUUCAGCGCUUCACACUUAAAAAAACAGGUGUCAAGGGUUUGGUAGCAUUUGAAGGACACAUUUUACUACUUGAUGAGUGUGUUCUUCUGUACGUUUCUCUCUCAAUCAUAGUAAAAUCUCAAGAUUUAUUUUAGUGGUAAAGUGAAUGUAAUCACAUCAUGGGAUGUUUAAAAAUAUGAUCAUGUAAUUUCUGUAGAUUUUGAGUGUCCCAUGAACGCUUGGAUUUGACAGUUUUGUGAUCAUUUUAAAUGUGUUUUAAUGUAUAAUAUCAGAGUGGUGUUUGCUAAUCUAUUGCUGAACUUAUUUAUCACUAGAAAUUCAAGUCCUCCUCCUCUUUUUAUCAGCUUGUUUUUCGUUUUCCCUCACAUGGUCACUAUUAAAAUGGCUUUUGGUGAAUUUCAUGAAGAAUUAAUGCACUGGAUGUAUUUGGGUUUGUCACAGAACAUGUAUGUUUUGUAAACCUGUAACCAAAUGUUUUCCUCGUCUUGUUAAUGUUAAACUGGGUCUUCAAUGAAUUGCUGCGAUUAGUUAUAUAUGGAAGUAACAUUUAGUAUUCACUAGAAAACUGAUCACUUCACUUCUCAAGUGUGCACUUAAAAGCAUGUGAGCUUGUGGACUUGAGGCUAGUAUGCUUGGAUUAGUGUGCAAUAUCAUUUUAAACACAGGUGGUGAUGUUUAUGAUGCUUUAAUUGAAGUAAGAUGUUUGUCACCUCUCUGUGGUUUUAUUUUUAAUGUACUGUGUGCUUUCGUUUAAAAAUAAAUGGGUAUCCUUUUA